AUGGAGGACGUCCACGCUGUGAACAUACGCAGUUUGAUGGCAGAGCGGUCGAGUUGGAGUCGCGAAAUGGUGUGGCGCGAGUAUUAUCUGCACCGCCAAAUGAAGUGCCGAAAGGCGCCAAUGUCCGGAAAGGGGAGUGGGUUGGUGGAGCGUUGGGACAUGUCACCGAAGGGUCAUUUCGACUACGCGUUGCAGAGGCGGUCUUGCGUUGAUGCCGUUGCUCGACCUGUGUGGCAAGAGCCGUCAAUCAAUCUCGUGACUAGCACAAAACAUCCUGUCAAGGUUGCCUCCACGCACCCCGACAUUAUCAAAAGUGCCAAUGUAGAGUACAUGGACCAGUCCUACCCGCGGUAUUCAAUCAGAUGCAAAAGAGUCCGCUCGGACAUCCGUGGAAUCGAUCGCGGCGAAGCGGAAGGCGGAGCAGACCGCGGAACGGGGAGCGACCCAUGGGUGCACUCCAAAGAAGGUUUAUACCCCACAGACGAUUGCACAACCGACCAUCGCAAAGAGCUUGAUGCGGCCGGACGGUUCAUCGGAUGUCGGCGUAGAACCGCCAACAAGCGAACCGAAGAACACUCCGUCUCUUUAUCCACGAUCUUUUCGGACUGCUCUCUUGAAGACCUCGUCACCGGCCACUUCACCGAACAUUACACAGAACUGCCUUCAAAUGUUUAUGAAAACAAUUUUCACGAAAGGUCUUGGUUCUGCCAAAACUCCAAGAGCUUCGAUAAAGAUCUUCCCUUGCUACGCAAUCAGAUCGUGGUCUAA